CCGCCCGGCUGCGGGUCCCGGGGCCCUGUGUCAGCAGCUGCCGUGCUCCGGCGGGUCAUGGCGGGCUGUGCGGCCCGGCGGGCCCUGGCCCUGGGCAGCCGCUGGUGGGCCCGGUCUCUCUCCGGGGCCCGAGAGCCGCGGCCACUCUGUGCAGCCCGUGGAGUCGGUGCCUUCUUGCCAGCGGCGACCUCGACGGCGCGGAGGCACCUUUCGUCCCGAAACCGACCAGAGGGCAAAGUUUUGGAGACAGUUGGUGUGUUCGAGGUGCCAAAACAGAACGGAAAAUAUGAGACUGGGCAGCUUUUCCUUCAUAGUGUUUUUGGCUAUCGUGGUGUCGUCCUGUUUCCCUGGCAGGCCAGAUUGUAUGACCGGGAUGUGGCUUCUGCAGCUCCUGAGAAGGCAGACAAUCCUGCUGGCCAUGGCUCUAAAGAGGUGAAAGGCAAGACUCAUACUUACUAUCAGGUGUUGAUUGAUGCUCGCGACUGUCCACACAUAUCUCAGAGAUCUCAGACAGAAGCUGUGACUUUCUUGGCUAACCACGAUGACAGCCGAGCCCUCUAUGCCAUUCCAGGCCUGGACUAUGUAAGCCAUGAGGAUAUCCUUCCGUAUACCUCUACUGAUCAGGUUCCCAUCCAGCACGAACUCUUUGAAAGGUUUCUUCUGUAUGACCAGACAAAAGCACCCCCUUUUGUGGCCAGGGAGACAUUGCGGGCCUGGCAAGAGAAGAAUCACCCUUGGCUGGAGCUCUCUGAUGUCCACCGGGAGACAACGGAGAAUAUCCGCGUCACUGUCAUCCCCUUCUACAUGGGCAUGAGGGAAGCCCAGAAUUCCCAUGUCUACUGGUGGCGCUACUGUAUCCGCUUAGAGAAUCUGGACAGUGACGUAGUACAGCUCCGAGAACGGCAUUGGAGGAUAUUCAGUUUAUCCGGCACCUUGGAGACAGUGCGAGGCCGAGGAGUGGUGGGCAGGGAACCAGUGCUAUCUAAGGAGCAGCCUGCAUUCCAGUACAGCAGCCACGUCUCCCUGCAGGCUUCCAGUGGGCACAUGUGGGGCACUUUUCGCUUUGAGAGGCCUGAUGGCUCCCACUUUGAUGUCCGGAUUCCCCCUUUCUCCCUGGAAAGCAAUAAAGAUGAGAAGACACCACCCUCAGGCCUUCACUGGUAGGACCAGCAAAGGCAUGCCCAGGCUCAGCCCCUGAAGAACAGCUCUUCAUCCCACAAUUGCUGCAGAACUCUUCUUCCCAUUGUAGACCAUAAAAGGUCUCGUAUUUGAUUGCACCAUUUGAUUUGUAGAGUUCUUCUUGGGGGUAGGUUGAGAUGUAACUCUUCUGACAAACCAUGUAGGACUGGACUCCUCCAAGGCCUCCCCUAUACAUCCUGUUACACUUGGCUCCAGUUUAUCUUCCCACCAGGAAUUCUGGGGUCAACAGUCAUUGAGUUGGGUGUUUCUUGGCCUGUCACAAACUAUUUGGAAUGUGAGGUUUGGUCAAUAAACCAGUGUACGUUUGGCA